CUUCUGCCAGACUACAUAGCGCAAGAACCCAGAAGACAGCCAUCUUCAAGAAACCUGAAGAGAAACAUACAAGUUAUCUCCGUAUUUUAAACUAAACUCUCGAUUUCAUGCUGCUCUUUACAUCUCAAAAGACACUUCACAUCAAUGGCAGAAACGUGUUUCACUGAAAAUAUGGCAACACAACAUACUUCCACACUGUACAAACUGGAUCACGUAUUAAGUCAAAACCAAAACGUGAGAGAUAAUUAGAAGGGUCUUAGAUUCUCACGGCGGGAAUAAGAAGGUACCCUCUGCAACGUCAGCAAGCUGAAACCAGACUACGGGGCACUACAACUAAGAAUACAGCCAUCUUUCUGAAAGAUAAUUGUUUGGAGUGUGUCUUUACCGAAAAGGAAAGCGGUCAAUGUUACAUUUCAGGGAUGCCAACAUUGUCAACAUUAGAGGAAUUCCCACGCGUGAAAGUUGUACGAGUGACACAUGGCAUGAGAAGGUUAUAAAAAGUAUAGAUUUAAAAUGAUAUAUUUUCUGUUACUCUUGUUUAUUCUUUUCGCCGGGUCAAGAACAAUAUAUGUUAUUUAUAGUGUACACAAAAUAACAAGGAAGUCAGUUGCGAAAUGUUUCCGUCCUUUGAGGACAGCAAUUAUUAUUGGUUCUGGAGGUCACACGACUGAGAUGUUAAAAUUACUUCAGAAUCUCAACCCAAGAAACUAUUCACCACGAAUUUAUAUAAUGGCUUCUACAGAUACAUCUAGUGAAGUUAAAAUUCACCAAACAGAAAACAAUUCUUUCUCACGUAAUGGGUCACCCUGCUAUGAAAUUGUCACAAUACCGAGGAGCCGAAGUGUGGGCCAGGCAUACAUUACGUCUGUGUUCACAACCUUUUUUGCCUCUUUUGCAUCGUUGCCAGUCAUGCUCAAGAAACGACCAGAACUUAUUAUCUGCAAUGGGCCAGGAACAUGCAUACCAAUUUGUGUUGUAGCAUUUCUGAUGAGGGUCCUAUGCAUAACGAAUUCAAAAAUAGUGUUUGUUGAGAGUAUCUGCCGGGUGAAGACUCUGUCUCUGUCUGGCAAAAUACUGCUGUUGUUUGCAGACAAAGUUCUUGUGCAGUGGCCCAAGUUGCAUGAAGUUUACAGAAGAACUACAUACAUUGGAAGAUUAACAUAACUGUAACAGUGGUGUAUGUAUUUUCUGUAAACUGUAAUGAGCUGAAGGCUUAGUCAUUUGCAUAUAAAACAUUUUCAUAUUUCAAAUGGAUA